AUGAUCAAACGUCAACGAAAAAUAAAUAACGCUUUCGUGCUUCCGUAAGUUCUUAACACGUGCAUUUAAAUGUAUGUAUAUGUUGCAGUUAUCGAAUAUUUGAAAUUUGGCUCGUUAAUCAGUUUCAUUGGUAAAUAUACAAAAGAUUGAAUUUAGUCUUAUUAUCACAGUCUGAACGUUUCGAGUGAUAAAAAACCAAUUUCAGAGAAAAUAUUGAACGCUGAUGUUGAUGAUGCGAACAGCGACGCGUGUAUUAAUCGGAAGCUGCAGCCAGUAGCGGUGAAAAUUUUACAUCCUGGAAUUAAAGGGCAAUUAAGAAGAGAUCUUUUUAUAAUGAGAGGGAUUUGUAAAUGCGCGACAUACAUCAUGCCGCAAUUGCAAUGGCUCAGUCUUACCGACUGCAUCGACGAAUUUUCACAGAUAAUGGAAAAUCAAGUCGACAUGAAUUUGGAAGCACAGAAUUUGAUUCAAUUUUCAAAAAAUUUCUCCAAGAAAAGAGACGUCAUAUUUCCACGGCCUUAUACAAAUUUUACUCAGUGCGAGGUUCUCGUGGAAAGUUUUCACGAAGGAUCUCCAAUUUCCGAUUAUCUUGACGCUCGUGAUACGAAGCUGCAAGGGAAACUGGCUAAAAUAGGGAUUAAAACGAUUUUGAAAAUGGUAUUCAAGGACAAUUUUAUCCAUUGUGACUUGCAUCCUGGUAAUAUCUUGGUACAAACGAAUCGCGAACCAACUGGAAAAAUUAGCACUUGGUUUCGGAAAUUUAUCACUCGGACUUGCUUACCAACUUAUCCACGUAUAGUCAUACUCGAUUGCGGUUUAGUAGUGUCUUUAAAUGAUCGUUGUCGACGAAAUCUUAAAGAUGUCUUUCGAUCGGUGCUUAUGGGAAAUGGUGAAUUGGCAGCGGAACAUAUUCUGGAACAUAGUUCAUGCGUAUCCUCGGACCCAGAAGGUUUCAAAAGUACAAUGAAAGACAUCGUAAAUUCGCAUCUUCAAAGUAGAAUUAAUGUGAGUGUGAGUACCGUUGUGACUGAAUUGUUUUCCGCGAUGGUUCGGCAUCGAGUGAAGCAAGACGGAACCUUCAGCAACGUGAUUCUCAGUAUGGUAGUGAUCGAAGGCCUGGGUCGCAGUCUAGAUCCGAAUAUCGACAUCUUUAUGGAAGUUGUACCGUUCAUUUUUACAAAUGUAGUGACGGACGUGUUGCAAGAAGAAAAGCCUAAACUAAAGAAGAAUUUGGAAGACAUUUGCUUUAUGGACUACACGCGCGAUUUUUCUUUAUUGAAUAAUGUCUCGCAUGAGAAAAUUCCCGUUUUACUAACUACACAGAAAUUGCGUGUAAUCGCAACGGACAGAAUUCCGGCGAGUGACCAGUUGCCCGUGAUCACUUCCUGGUUGGUCGACUACCUUUGGUACAACGAUAUACCACCUGUACUCCAUCAUCAAUAUCACCAUUGCCACCAUCACCACCACUAUCACCGUUACCACCACCACAAUCACCAUUGCCACCACCACCACUACCUCUACCGCCACCAUCACAAUCAUCUCAACGACGACGACACACCGUUUGGUGUCUCUUUUUAACUGUACAUCAGACUACACGCACCCUUCGUAAGAGCUUCGAGAUGUUACUGUCAAGCGCUUGGUUCGAAAUAAUCGCGGCGGCUCUUCUGACGAUAUUGAUCUUUGCCACUAGUUAUCGGCCAGCUUGGUGGUUCUGGACCGGUACCUCUCACAAAACCAAGGUACCAGCCAGUGAGGAAAAGCAUGAUAAAAAAUGUCAAAAAACAGUAUCCAAUGUACCAGGACCGUAUCCUUUGCCGAUUUUUGGAACUAGAUGGAUUUUUUCGUAUAUCGGUUCCUACAAAUUGAACGAGAUUCACGAUGCUUACAGAGAUUUGCACCGACGAUACGGAGCGUUGUGCAAAGAGGAAGCAUUGUGGAAUUUCCCUGUGAUCUCUGUGUUCUCGCGUCAGGACAUUGAAGCUGUUCUUCGCCGAAACUCCAAGUAUCCGCUUCGUCCUCCGCAGGAGGUCAUAUCCUAUUAUCGGCAGACUCGUCGGGAUCGUUACACAAAUCUUGGUUUGGUCAAUGAGCAGGGAGAAACGUGGCACAAUCUUCGAGUAGCUCUUACGUCAGAACUGACGGGCGCUAGCACUGUCCUUGGUUUCUUCCCGGCCCUGAAUGUCGUCGCGGAUUCGUUCAUCGAGUUGAUUCGUCGACGAAGAACGGGAUGUAAAGUGACAGGUUUCGAGGAGCUUGCUUACAAAAUGGGACUCGAAAGUACCUGCACUUUGAUCUUGGGCCGACAUUUGGGUUUUCUAAAGCCAGAUUCCAGCAGCGAACUCGCCACGAGAUUAGCGGAAGCUGUCAGGAUACACUUUACCGCCUCGCGGGACGCCUUUUACGGACUACCGCUGUGGAAAUUGUUACCAACUUCCGCGUACAAGCAACUGAUAGAGAGCGAAGAUGUGAUAUACAAUAUUAUCUCGGAAAUCGUUGAAGCCACUAUAUUGGAGAAGCGGAACGAUGCUAAGGACGAAUUGGUUGAGGCUGUUUUUCAAUCUAUUUUAAGGCAAAAGAGUCUUGAUAUACGCGACAAGAAGGCGGCUAUCGUUGAUUUUAUAGCAGCUGGUAUACACACGCUAGGGAACACUUUGGUAUUCUUGUUCGACUUGAUCGCGCGCAAUCCAGACGUACAAGCUAAACUUUAUAAAGAGGCGUAUUCAUUGGCACCGUCUGGCUGCGAUUUAACGAUCGAGGAUUUACGGCAAGCGAAGUAUCUUCGCGCGUGCAUCACCGAAUCGUACAGACUACGGUGCUUUUACACACUUGGAUAGCAGGUUUGGAUAAAGAGAAUUUCAAAGCUCCCAACAAAUACCUGCCCGAAAGAUGGCUGACUCCUAUUAGUCCUCAUUCGCCGUUAUUGGUCGCGCCUUUCGGAACUGGAAGAAGGAUAUGUCCAGGCAAGCGAUUUGUGGAUCUCGCGUUGCAGCUUAUUUUGGCAAAGAUCGUACGGGAAUUUGAGAUCAUCGUAGACGAAGAACUUGAGUUACAAUUUGAAUUUAUUCUCGCGCCGAAAGGACCGGUCUCUUUUGGCUUCCGUGAUCGUUCGUAAGAAGAUAUAACAAACUGAUGUUUAAACAUUACCGAAAUCUUUUAUAAUUCUUUCAUUGCCGAUCAUGAAAUGAUUUAAUGCUGUAAGUAAUUCUUGUUUCUUCAAUUCCGGAUAUUUAUCGUAAUAUUUCCUUAUGUUUAAUUGUGUGCGCGUUGAUUUUGAAAUCGUCUUAUUCUUGCAUUACGUUAGCUGUUUGAAUUUCCUUUACAUUUUCGUGGAUCUUCAACAAGAAUAAGGCGAUCUCGAACACGAUGUGAAUGACGUUGCCGUUCUGUUUCGGUAUUAAAAAUCUUCUCUGAAUAGAGUUACAUAAUAUUUAUUUAUUUUUUGUUAUCAAUGACACCCGCGCGUGUAUUGCGCGAGUCAAAUUAAUUAUUAGUGAUCUCCUAUGGUACAUGUUCGUGUAAUUGCAUUCAAAAAGACUGAGAAUAAUUAUUCCGUACAAUUAGCUAAUAAUGUAGAUGAUCGAUACAGACGAUAUAAGUUAUUUCCUGCAUUAUUUCGUUGUUCAUAAUUCGACAAUUAUGACAAUUAUUCGACACUCAAAUUACGAACGAUUUCACGCGAUACGAAUUUACAUUUAAUGAACAUUUACUUACAUACCAGCAAAUACAGUUUUCAUGAUGCAGAGACUUCUGCGAAGCGUAAUGCCAUAUAUAUUGUAUUUCCAUUCAAUGGUUGGCCAUAUAUGUAUAGAUUACUUUACAAUAGUCUUCGUUUCUUUGAAUUUUCAACAAUUGUACUAAUUGUAGUAUAAAGCUAUAUCAUAAAUAUUAAGUGAAAACUUUUACUACUUUUCAAUUCUUCCCUCAAUAUUGAAAUAUGAUAAUGCUAUCUGAAACAUCUGACUGACACGACACGAGCUUAAAAUGUUAUCUCUUUGUGGUUUCGUGUCAAAAGGAACCACUUAACAUUACGAAAACUCUGACAAGUAGUAUAUACAAUAUUGCCAACAGUUAUUAAUAUACGUGGGUAUGUCGAUCAACAUUUUUCACAGUGUCAUUAUUUAACCAAAUUUUUGAUACUUCUUGGUAGAUUAGGGAUGGAACCUUUAUUCACACUUGCGGCGGUCGGUCUCAUAAAACUGUGGCUUCUGGUUCCGGUUCUUGGAUGAAUUAACUUGCUUUUAGCAGCCGACGAUGAACUCUUUUCAACGUUUACACGAUUUAACGGCAACGAUUGUGGCCCCAUGCUACUGCCGCUUCCGCUGCUGCUACUACGCGAAGAGAUUGCCCGUCCUCUAUUCCCUUUUUGCACAUCGUUGGUUGACUGAAAACACGGUAGUUUAGUUUAAUUUAAUUUAAUUUCUAAAGUGCAUCAUGCGGAAUGAGCAGCAAUAAGAUGAAAAAAACUUGAUGAAGAGCACAAUCAAAAUUGGGCAUAAAGGACACAGAGAAAAAUAAAAUAUGAUAAGGAUAUGGAGCAAAUAGUUUGCGUUAAAUAAGCAAGUGCAAUGUUGGGCUAAUUCAACAGUUUAAGCUCGCAAUUUUUGAAAGCAUUCAGGGAAUAAAAAAAAAAAAAAAAAAA